UCGGACCGAGUCGGGUCGAAUUUGCCGCCAUCUUCUUCUAGGGCCCAAAGCAUUUCGAAUCUCUUCCUACGCCAAUGGCGACGGUGACGAAACUGAACCUGAAGGCGGAGACCGGCGACUGUCACCGCCUUGAGGCGGAGCAGAGUGAAGCUCCGGCGGAAAUAAGCGAUUCUAGAACAAAAAGAGUAGUUGAAUUAGGAAAUGGAUGCGAAGUAAUAUACAUGCCUAGGUUCCUAAAUUACGAUCAGUCAUGGGAUUAUUUAGAAUACCUUGACAGAAAUAUACCAUGGAAUCGUCCAACGAUUCGCGUCUUCGGUCGAUCUUGUAUCCAGCCCAGAGACAGUUGUUAUGUGGCAAGUGAAGGAUUGCCACAACUAGUUUACAGUGGAUACCAGCCUCAUGCAUAUUCUUGGGAUGAAUUUCCUCCACUUAAGGAUAUUCUGGAUGCUGUCCAUAAAGCUCUUCCAGGAAGUCGUUUCAACAGCUUAUUACUUAAUAGGUAUAAGGGAGGCGAUGACUAUGUAGGUUGGCAUGCUGAUGAUGAGAAACUUUAUGGACCAACUCCAGAAAUUGCUUCUCUUUCCUUUGGAUGUGAACGUGAAUUCUUGCUGAAAAAGAAACCAGAUAAAGCAUCCCGAGGUAAAAACACCAGUGGUGAACCUCCCAGAAAGCGAUUGAAGAAGGAUGCCUUUCCAGACAAACACUCGUUUGUCCUAAAACACGGUUCAUUGCUGGUAAUGAGAGGUUAUACUCAACGGGAUUGGCUUCAUUCAGUGCCUAAACGCGUAAAGGCAGAUUCAUUACGCAUUAAUCUCACCUUCAGGCUUGUUCUUUGAACAAUCAAUGCAUUUCUUCAUUGUUUAUACCUGGGGGUUGGAAAUCUUAUGCAGUGCACUUAGCAACAAAAAGAAGGCGAUUUUGAGCACCUGUGGUUGAUGAAAAUUACUAGUACUAGAUAUUGGUUUUUUCUUUUACUUAUGAGGAAUGCGUUUGAUGCAGCAA